AUGGAACAUGAGCCCUACGCGCGCUCUCGCCGACGAGAACGAGAAUUCGAAGACGAUGUCGAUUACCGCCGCCGCCGCCGCUCAAUGCCUCCAGAGGAGGAAAUGGAGCGCCUGCACAUCUCCUCCCAGCGUCCCCCGCCUAUCCCGCGGGAGUAUGUCCGCGAUUCAUAUGCUAUGCCUGCGGCACCUGUACCGCCGAGUCCACCAGGGCCCAGCACGAGGAUGAGGAAGUCCAGGGAGGAGGCGGAUAGCUAUCUGGCAGGCCCAGAUCGGGAGGAUCCAUACACUCGACCUGAGACGCCGCAGGCCUCCUCGAACACGCCUCGUUUUGAAGAAGAGGACGUGCCCCCUCGAAGGCGAGAGCGGGGUUCACAUCGCGGUUAUGAUAGCGAGCUCGAAAGACGAGGAAGCAGGCUGGAGGAUGAUCGCGACGAGAUGGUUUCACGAUCCUCUAAGCGUGGUCACAGACCUCGUCGGAGAGAACCAGAGCUUGAAGAGCUGCUUGACGAUGACCCGGCCCCCGAGCUAAGAUCCGUCGAUCCUAUAACGAAGCAACGUAUCAUGCAAUGGCAAGAUCAACCCGGCCCCGAUGAGAUAGAGGAGGAGGUGCGUCUAGAGCGUCGAAGCCGCCGGAGUCCGCCAGAAGUAAAGCCAGGACGGCCUCCCCCACCGGGCGCCUUCCCCAGCGGGCAGGAAGAAUUCAUCGAUGAGGAAGUUGCUCCUCGACCUCGUAUACGCCCGGGUUCUCUCCCAGAGGCUAUUGAAGAUGAGGAGAUCAUGAUUCGGCGAGAUGAACGCAGCAAGCGUAGAGGGAGUUCCGAACGAGAUGAAGCUGUCGCAAGAAGAAGCAAACGCAAUUCACCGCAAGAAAGAAUGCGAACCCCUGAGGUCGUCAUGCCUCCGGUUCAUGAGGACUUCCCGCAUCCUGAAGGUGAGAGCGACGGGGGCCGCAAGGCGGAAGAAGAUAUAGCCCUGGCGCGGGAAGAAGAUGACGAGUCUAUUUCGCCUACCAGUGGCCCAGUUGAAUUUCACAAUCCCUUCCCUCACGGAGAUCGACCCCGUCGUCGUAAGCCCCGAUCUCGCCGUGAGAGCGAAUCGAUGGCAGCCGGCAGUUCGCGAAUUAGGGGCGCACGAGAUGUUCCGCGCGAACUUGAUGAACAGGAGCUAGACAGAGUGGUGAACGAGGAUAUUGUUCGAGCCCGAUCUCACGUCGAGCAUGAUCCGCGCGAUAGCGCAUCACUGGUCGUUAAGAGUCGUAGUCGAAGAACACGAGACAUGCCCGGAGGCUUCGAAGAGGACGAUGAAGAGGAAGAUGACGAAGAAGAGGAAGUAGAAAUCCAUGAAAGAAGCUCUCGAACUAGACCUAGAGGUAAUGGUCAUGUCCGCGAUAGUUUGGAUGAGUGGUCUGUUGUCCGAGCACCUUCAAAAGAGGAUGCUGCCGAGAUGUCAGGUGGUCUUGACAUUGUCGAGGUUGCCCCCAGGGGUGCUUCCUCAGCCGACUCUCACUCUGAGGGUGAUGAUGAAGAGACUGAGCAGAGUGAACAUACAGGAACUCAAGUCUCUAAGGACAGAGACGACGAGCGCUGGACUGAGAUCACAAAAGACCUGGUCGUACGCGAGGCGAUCGAGCGUCUGGGCUAUGAAUUCGAAGAAACUCGAAGAUCAUACUACAUAUUCUCGUUUCUCGAAUCGGUAUGCGGUCAACCCAAGAAAAUUCAUCCCAUUGCACGAGGUACUGAUUGGUCUGCUGUUAGCAUGAUAUUGAUGAGCUUGUCGAACUCCAAUUUCCUUGACUUAACUUACUUACCCUUCUAUCUAGGUUCGAUCCAGGAAGAUCAAGGCACCACCGAAGGGGCCAGCGCUAUUAUUCCCGGGCGGCGCUCGCGGAGCUUUAGCAGAUUCCACGAAGAACACUUCAACAUUCGAGACCCAAAGCGUAUUCAGUUGAUCGACGCCAUCAGCGAUAUCCGAAGACACGAGCUUGUGCCUUCGAUCUUCUGGGCUCUUCUCAACAUCUGCGAUCUUCGUAAGCUCAAGAAAAUCCGAUCAGCUUGCGAAUCCACCGGCAAUGACUCUGUCGACUUUUGCUCCUAUGCAUGGGAGUGCGAUGGCUUCUGCGCUACAUGGGGCCCUUCCGAAACGAUUCCCGAAACGAGACCUGAGAAAGACCAUGGAUUUAUGUCUCAAGCUACGCGAAAUGCAGCCUGCCUUCGAGACCGCCAUCGGUGCGCUUUAACCGGCAAAAGAAACUUCCGCCUCGCCUGUAUUGUUCCCUCCUGGGCACAUGGCAUUGUCCUUGAUGAAAUGCGGUGGUCAGGCGAGAGAACCGUCUGGAACACAAUCUACGAAUACUGGGACAGGGAAACCGCGGAUCGCUGGUUCAAGGCUGCGUUCACCAGUCAUCGGAUGGGCGUGCUCCCUGUGGACAAUUCGUCCAACCUCAUCUGCUUGAACACCGAGCUUGCUCUGGCGUGGGAACUGGGUGUAGCUGCUUUCCGUCCGCUAUUGAUUUCAAACGAAAGGUCCAAACUGGUGAUCGAGUUUCACUGGCUGGCCGUUGAGGAUGUUAACUCUGGGGACUUCCUCGACGCAGAAACCGAUAUGCGCAAGGUACCAACGCCUACAAAGGGGUUGAGUAGCUACGAAGGAUUAUGUGCGAGACACCGGUAUAGCAAGGGGAGAGCCCUCAUCAAGACCGGUGAUCGAUUCUACCUCACCACCGAUGACCCGGUGUUGCGACCGCUGCCCAGUUUCGAUCUACUGGAGCUGUCAUUCUACAUGCGCCGCCUUAUCGCUCUUUCCAACUGCAAACGCUCGUACCCUCAUUGGCCAGCUGCAGACCAGGACUGGGUCAUGAAGAUGAAAAAUGACCGACUCAUAACAAAGGCCGGUAUAAAGGGUGCUUGGCCGAUUCAAUGGUUUGGCUUUUCGGAAAUCAAAGCAGGAGACGGCCCUGAGUGGCCUGCUGCUCGCCCAGAGAAAUACCGGACUCCAUCUCCUCCUCCCCUCCUCCUCCUCAUGUGGACCAAGGGUCCGAAUCCGGCUCCCCAUAUUAUCUUUCGUGGACGGGAUGGAAGAGAGCGACGGCGAAAACCCAUCCCGACCAGGUUCCUCUGGGGAUGGCUCACAUGGUUGUCAACCAGACCUCAACUCCCCCUCGGGGUCUCUUCAACCAGCUUCUCCCUCCGAGCCAGCGUAAAUGAAGGCAUGUGCACGAAUGUUGACGAUCAUGCAUAA